CACCGUAGAGGCUUCCACGCUACCCUUAAAUCCUUCAGAUUUUCAUUUCCACCUCAAUCCCUCUCUCUCUGUCUCUCUCUUCUGUGGUUGUUCAGUAUUUUUUUUCCUAGGGAAUUAGGUUUCCCCUGCUUUUCGAUUCUUUGUCGAUUUCCCUCCCCCUGAAUUCAAUUUCCCUGUUCUCUUCGUUCUCCGAUCUCUAAAGAGAAAGAAGAAUCUUUUUUCCUCUCGUUUGCAAUCUCAUACCUAUUCUUGGUUCUUUAGCGUCGAAAGCUCACCUAAAGCUUUCAUCUUUGACCCAUUUUCACACAAUUGACCAAGAAAUUGAGGGUCUUUUGCUUCUAUUUUGAGUAAAAAAGAAAAAGGGGAUUUAGGGUUUCGUUUCUUACAACGAUGGCUUCGAUCGGCUCGUCGUACUGGUGCUAUAGAUGCAACCGAUUCAUCCGGGUUCGGGUUCGGGCCCAAGACACGGUCAUCUGCCCCGACUGCAGCGGUGGGUUCGUUGAGGAGAUCCGGACUCCGACGAGAUCUCCGCUCCACCGGUUUCCGGCCGCCGCAAUGUACAUAGAUCCUAACCCGCCCAAUUCCGAUCACAACCCGAUCCCAAGACUCCGCCGGAGCCGGAGAAACGGCGGGGAUCGCUCACCUUUCAACCCGGUCAUCGUCCUCCGAGGGCCCGCCGACGGAGGAGGAAACGAACCUGAAAGAGGAAACUUUGAGCUCUACUACGACGAUGGUGCCGGGUCGGGGCUCCGGCCUCUACCGGCGAGCAUGUCGGAGUUCUUGAUGGGUUCUGGUUUUGACCGUCUUCUGGACCAAUUGGCGCAACUGGAGGUCAAUGGGAUAGGUCGGUUAGAGCAACCACCGGCUUCAAAAGCCGCCAUCGAGUCCAUGCCCAUCAUCAAGAUCGUGUCGAGCCACGUCUCGACGGAGUCGCAUUGCGCAGUGUGCAAGGAACCGUUCGAGCUCGACUCGGAGGCGCGAGAAAUGCCCUGUAAGCACAUCUACCACUCGGACUGUAUCCUCCCGUGGCUGUCGAUGAGGAACUCUUGCCCGGUGUGCCGGCACGAGCUGCCCACCGAUGUGCGUGGCAGGAACUCGCCGGAGAGCGAUGGGGGUCGAGACGAAGAGACGGUGGGACUGACGAUUUGGAGGCUGCCAGGUGGUGGGUUCGCGGUGGGGAGGUUCACUGGCGGGAUUAGAGCCGCGGAGCGUGAGCUACCUGUGGUUUACACAGAGGUGGAUGGUGGGUUUAACAAUGGUGGUGUUCCCAGGAGGAUUUCGUGGGAGACGAGCGUGAGAAGCUCAAGGGAGAGUGGUGGAUUUCGCCGGGUGUUUCGUAAUUUCUUCUCGUUCUUGGGAAGGUUUAGAAUUAGUACUAGCUCAUCAUCAUCAGCCUCUCGUUUGAGUUCUGAGCCUGGGAUAACGCGAAGGAGUGGCUCUAGUGCGGUGUUUAGUCGUUCGUGGAGGAGGCGCCGAGGCGGCCGGGCUUUGGAUUUGGAUGAUAACAGAUGGUGAAUUUUGAUUCUUUAAUCGGUUUAUAUAUUCUUUAUCUGCUAGGGUCUCUGUUUUGAUACCUAAACUGUUGCAGUAAGACAACAUUUCACAAUUUGUAUAUUGUAUGAUCUUACUUGCUGUACAUAACAACACAUGAGGCAGAGUUGAGGAAUUUAUCAGUUUAAAAUUCUGUGAAAGAGAGAAUUUUGGAACUGGCCAGUGACUAGAUUUCCCGCUAGUGGAAGAUGGAGGAGAAGAUAUAGUAAAGCAGUUAGAGUGGGCUUCAGAAGUUGUAGAGAUGCUUGCCCCGCCAGUACUAAUGUUAAGACUUGCUUGAGUUCCACCAAUGUUUUUUGUUACAAUAGUAACACUUACAUUUUUUUUCGUUUUCUUUUUCUUAAUUUCUUUCUUGGAUGCAGUUUGAUAUGUAGGAUUCGCUGUUCCUUAUAGAACAGCAUUGUGUGCAACAUGAUAUAUCUCUCUCUCUGUGGUCUCGUGUUAUUUUGGAUGUACUUGACUCAAAAUGCCAAUCUUAAUAACAGUGGGCCUACUUGCUGGGAUAUGCCAAA